CUCCUGUCAACAUCGACGCAGCACCACGAGCACUGCACCUCCUUCCAGCUGUAUACACUUUCUUCUUAGUCUCACCCGCUAUACAAUGCCAAAGAAGCGCCCUCCAACGUCUGGAUAUGCACGCAUCGCGCAAGCCGAAGAAGAUGAAGAUGACGACGUCGUUGAUUCCGACGAAGAAGACCCCUACCGCACCCAAGCGUCGAUCUCGAACAGCAACAGCUCGCAUUAUGCGCCUAUACAGCCAAAACGGCAGCAACACCGCAUGCAAGGCUCAGGUCCUGCUUCACCAUCUUACAGACGAGGUCCGGCUAUCGGGCGCCAGCGCAGCAACUCUGGUGUAGAUAUUAAGGCGAUCAAUGCUCGCCUCGAGAGGUGGGCUGACGAGAUAGCUCAGAAGUUCAAGAUCAGACGGAUCAAAGGGAAGUCAGAAGAAGAAGAGCAGCUGGAGAUCCAUUACUCAGUCUUCCAAGCUCCCGAUUGGAUACGUCCGGUCACGGCGGAGGCCCUACUACAAGACGAACAGCCUGACCCUGAGCGACUGACACGGGUACAAUUUGAAGAGGUCGUGGAAAGUGUCCGCACAGCUAUCGAGCUUGGUGUACACCCAAAGCUCAUCUCACAGGGCAGUUCUGGGAGCUACUUCGCACGCAAUGCUCAGGGCAAGGUCGUUGGAGUCUUCAAACCUAAAGACGAGGAGCCAUACGCCUCGAAGAACCCUAAAUGGACGAAGUGGAUACAUCGCAACCUUUUCCCAUUCUUCUUUGGGCGGGCAUGUCUCAUUCCUAACCUCUCAUAUGUAUCAGAAGCAGCAGCCUAUGUUCUCGACACGCAACUUCGCACCAAUAUCGUACCUUACACCGAUAUUGUCUCCCUCUCCUCUAAAUCCUUCCACUAUGACUUCUGGGACCGCCGGGCAUACUACCGGAAGAAGAAGGCAUUUCCUGCAAAAGUUGGCAGUUUCCAGGCCUUCCUAAAGGGCUAUAAAGACGCUACUCUAUUCUUGAAAGAGCAUCCGUGGCCUGACCAACAGAGCUCCGGGUUACGAACUAAUGCGCGAAAGACUAAUAAACGGAGAUGGGCUGAGGAAUGUAGACCAGGAGGUUCGCGAUCUGAUGACGAAGACGAGGAUGAAGUGACUGGUGUGCCCUCAGAUUCAGUGGAAGAGAAUCAGCGGCGACGCGUUUUCUGGACCGACAAGCUACAACAGUCCUUCAGAGAGCAACUUGAACGACUAGUGAUCCUGGAUUAUAUCAUGCGGAACACCGACCGAGGGUUGGACAAUUGGAUGAUCAGGAUUGACCGUCAUACUGAAGAAGCAAGCAUUGUCGCAGAGCCUCCCAAAGGAAAUGGGGAGGUGCGGGAGACCUCUCCCGGUCUCGACACCCGAAACCAUGCGUCAUCCACGACCGAUCCAUACACUCGAAGAGAACGCAUGACGGUACCAAGUAGAAGCAGAACUCCUGGCACUGGAAAGGCUGAGGAGCUGACUGUAUCGCUUGGUGCAAUUGACAACAGCCUUUCUUGGCCAUGGAAACAUCCCGAUGCGUGGCGAAGUUACCCAUUUGGGUGGCUAUUCUUACCUGUUUCGCUUAUCGGACAGCCUUUCUCUGAAGCUACACGAAGGCAUUUUCUCCCUCUUUUGACCUCGAAGCAGUGGUGGAGUGAAACGCAGCUUGCGCUGCGCCGUUGUUUUUCGCAAGAUGACGAUUUCAAGGAGAGGAUGUAUGCACGUCAAAUCGCUGUCGUUAAAGGCCAAGCUUGGAACGUUGUUGAAACGCUCAAAACACCGGAUCAUGGACCACUUGAGCUCACGCGUAGAGCUAGAGUCCAUGUUUGGGACGAUCUUGUCGAUAUUCCGGUUGCCGUACCCCUGCGUGUGCCAUCUGCUGAGAUGAGACGUCGAGCAGAAGAAGAGGCCGGUGAAUCGGGAAGCGAGGCUGACAUUGGUGCGGUCGGCGCAUCUGCUCCACCCGCGCAGGACUUGUUGGGGCUGAGUUCACCGACUGCUGAAGGUGGAAAUCCUUUCAACGUGUCGAGACAGUCUAGCUCGAUGGACAUUCGAAGAAGCGAAGAUCAGCGACGUAACCCUCUGUCAUCAUCGAGCGUCCAGAUGGUCGUGCCACAGCCCAAGCGCAAUCAGACAUUCCAAGGACAUUCACGAACUCGUAUGAGCUACGAAGGACCACGAAGAGGGCCUGCAUUGGGAAGCAGUCGACAUCAAAGACGAUUUUCAUUUUCAACUCGUCGCACGGCACAGCCGCCGUAUCUGGAGACAGAUGACAAUGUGGAGGGAGACCUUGGAUAUGCAGCAACAGAGGAUCGAGAAGCCAAUCAACGGCGAGUGAUAGUGGAGCGCCUGGAGACGGUGAAGAGCAAAAACCCAGUGUUCACGUGGUGUUGAAGUGGUCUCUAGUGAUCACACCUUGUCUCGACGCGAGAUCUGUACAACACGGCAAUCUGCAUUCAGCAUUGCGAGGCGUUUUGGAUAGACAGGCCUAAUCUGGGUACAUUGUAGAAAUAGAUGUGUGGGCUAGUGCGGCGACGGGACCAUGAUGCUCACGUGGAGCAUAUGACAAACAUUAGAUCAGAUGGCGGACAAAGAAAUGAAUAGGCACCAUUUCUCUCCGUGGACACUGAGACAGGAGUAUAACAGACAAGAGAGCCUCGGGAACUAUGCAGUCUCCGCUGGGUCACGAGAUGCCUGCUUCCCACCUGUGAUUGGCUGCGUCAUCUGGGGGGCCGCCACACCACUAGCCAUCGACACCGAC